UUCCAUUGAUUCAACUCCGGAAACAGAAGCACCAACAAAUCGAACAUUCGACUUUUGUUUUUUGCUCUGAAGUUGGAAAUCAGCCUUAAUGCGGAUUCCCGCCGACGAAGUCAAUAGCACAAUCCAAAAUGCACAAAGAAAACACACGUAUACGGUGUGGGGCAUUCCACCAGAUCACAUCGUACAAAGGAUCAAGAAGAUAAUGGAGCCCCUCCGAGCUGAGUUUGGUGGGCCCGAGAUAGAGCCCCACAUUACCGCCGUAGGGUCUGUCCUUUUGACGCAUGACUACGCGGUCAAACAAUUUAUAAAUGGUUGUGAAAAUAUAGAACCCUACACUUGUGAAGUUGAUCAGGUGGUUACUCGCAAAUUCUACUACCAACCUGUCUCCCUCCUCUUUCAUCCAUGUCCAUGGCAGGUUGGACACUUUGGUGGUUAUCUACAUCGCUGUAAUUCUCAUAUGCCGCACUUGAGCCUCCUUUAUGGAAAUUUGACAGAGGAAGAAAGGAAAAGAGCUCUAGAAAAGGUUACUGAGCUGGACGACAGCAUUGCUAGCCUCAAGUUCACCAUAAGUCACCUUGUUUUGUACAAAACCCACAAUGAAGCUAGAGAUCAACAUUCUUGGGAGAAGGUUAUGGAAUACAACCUCCGACAGCGCAAUUAGCUAUAGUUCUCCCCAGUGAAUUCUUAACUAUAUAUAUAGUUUGCAAAAAGAUGAGUCCCUGUUUCUCUUGCCUGACCAACUACACCAAAAUGUUAAAUUUUCAUCUCAUAAAAGGCUCAGAUGGGCUUCUUGCCAACUU